CUGGAGUAUGUGAAUUGGGGGCUUGACACAUAGUUUUGUUGGGUCUCGCUCGAAACCUUCCUCUUCGUUUUGUUUGCAUCUUUGCAUCAGGUCUGGGUUCGAGUUUAGCUUGUCUUAAAUUGUCGCUUUGAAUCGAGAAAUUGAAGCUAUUUGGGGGGAUAAUUAUUGACGUAAGGGUUUCGUUGGAUCUGUGUUGAUUGAUAGGAAAGUGCGAUAAUGGCGGGAGGAGGAAACUUCAUAGCCAGAGUUAUAUCAUACGUUGCGAACGAGUUCAUAGUUAAUGGUUUGGCUAACAGCCAUGCUUUCCAGAGAUUUGCUGUGAGGACUUCGAAGAGAAUAGAAAAUCUCUCAAAAAUGGCUGCAGAGAACAAGGAGAAAGUUGCUCAGCAAAUGGAAGAGUUUUCUAAGAACAUUGACUCGAUGAAGAAACAGUGAUUAUUCCGCUGUGAGAGUCUUAUAAAGUCUGUUAAUUGCAUGGCUCAGCUCAAGUAGAGAGGUCUCUUUGUCUUUGUAUAAAGAAUGCUUUAAAAGAAAUAAGCCUGUGGGCUAAACAACCAGUGAUCUUUUGAUGCUGUUUCUCUUUUUUUUAAACCUAACUUGACAGGAGUGUUUAUAUAUCAAGUUCUGUCUAGUAAUUUCUAUCGUCCUAUGCUUCUUAUUUGUAGAGCUCGUUUAUUGAUUUUUCAUGUUUUGGGCUGACGUCGAUUUGAAAAAGUGUAAAUAUAUAUAUUCGAUUUGAGGUGUGAAAA